AUGUGGCGACGCUGGUGGCUGGUCUGGGUCCUCCUGCUUGGCAAAAACGCGGAUGGAGCUGAAAACAGGAGCUGCUUUUGGAGCGCAGCAGCAAGAUUUGAAAGAUUUUGGAGCUUGGCUGACUAUGAACACUUCACGUCGCUGCCCUCAUUGGGUGGCCCUUUACUGCGUGUUGAUGAGGACCUUGGAAUGCGGCACAUCUCUUUUGUGGUUGUUGCUUCACUUGAGAGGGCCGAGUAUGCGGUACGCAUGGAGCGCACCUGGAUGCACAGCGCAGCCAAUCGCAUCUAUUUGGUUGAUGCCUUGAUACCAGGUUUGCCUCCCAGCUUCCAGAUGGUGAUGAAUGAUGGAGCGCAACGAGGCCAAAAAGAUGCAGUUGCAAUGUCGCGCUUGAUGAUUUGGAUGAACCAGGUGAAGCAAAUGUACUCGGUGGGCAGUCUGCCAGAUGACAUGCGCUGGCUCGUCAUCCUCGGGGAUGAUGUGUACAUAAACACUGCCCGACUGUACUAUUUCCUGGCGGGUCAUGCUUCUCGAGACGACCACCCAGUGAUAUUCGCUCAUGUUCUUUCAGACACAGAGGUCUAUGAUUUUGAUGUUCCCUGCACCGACAGUGCCAUUGCUUUGAGCCGCAGUGCUUUGGCACGUAUCUCCCAGCAUGCCUCCUGCAAGACGUGUCCAUACACCGGCUCCAACGCGAUCUCCCUGGCCUACUGUGCACUUUACACGGCCGUCCCGUUAGUCCAUGUACCGGGAUUUCGUUGUCAAGCGGAUGGCGUGGCAGAUGAGGCCGAUGUGCUGACUCACCACUGGAUUGCCACAGGCGGCCUUUCGAAGUCCACAUUGGGACAGAACGAUGAUGGUUUGCAUCCCUUCGAGUCAGACUUUCCCAACUUGCAGUGUGAGCUUCCGCGCGCUGAGGGUGUUUGGACCUACCAGCAAGUUGCUGAGAGGAUACGUUUUUGCAAGGCUUCCCAGGCCGCCGAUGCCGUGGAGCAGCCGCCCACUUUGUCGCAUGGGAGCGAGCUGUCACCGGAGACGCUGGAGGAUUAUUUCCAGGCACGUUGGCCUGGUUCUGUGGACAACCUGGAAGAGAUCCUGGUGGGAGACAUUCUCAAGACAGAGUUCCUGCUGGAUCAUUGGUAUUUCCUCGCUUCAGCUGGCAUGUGGUUGCACCGGGCUGCUGUGGGGCAUUUCUUGCAGGACUUGGACUACUUGCCACCUCAUCCAGAUUUGGUGUUUGCCUACGUGGAUCAAAGUGACGACUUGGCCCUGGCUCCACCAUGGCUUCUGAAUGGCAGAGCAGCUCAACGACUUCACCAACCUCUUGCAGGUGGUGCACAACUCACCCCUGCCUUGCUGAAGAAGUUGGGGAUGAAACUUGUGCACACACCUCUCUUCAGUCAAACAAGAAAGCUCCCCAGGAGUCUGACUGGUGCUGUCUCAGCUGCAGCACUCAGUGGUGUAUGGUCCGUGGUCGAUGGGGAUGAGUGGACCCGGCAGGACUUGCAGUUGAAGGCGGACGACCGUCGCUUCUAUGCUGGUCUCUUGCAGGAAAACUUCGAAGACUUGACCGAGGAUGAGUGCAGUGACGAAAGCCUCAGACGCACCCAACUGUGGCAGCGCUUUCUACACAACGAUGAUGAACAUAUCAAGGUGGUACGUGGCUUUCAGUCCGGCCGACGCGAGUUUCGCACAUUACAUGCGAUGUACCGAUCAAAGGUUUCGGAUACGUUGCCCCUGCGUGGGGUGUUGCAGGACACAGUGCUUGUGGCCCGCAACUGUGACUGA